AUGUCUGGACGCGGCAAAAGCGGUGGCAAAGGUCUCGGAAAGGGCGGUGCCAAACGUCACCGCAAGAUUCUCCGCGACAACAUCCAAGGCAUUACCAAGCCAGCCAUCCGACGACUUGCUCGAAGAGGAGGCGUCAAGCGAAUCUCAGGACUAAUUUACGAAGAAACUCGAGGUGUCCUCAAGAUCUUCCUCGAAAACGUCAUCCGUGAUUCGGUCACUUAUACCGAACAUGCCAAGCGGAAAACCGUCACCUCCCUCGAUGUAGUUUACGCCCUCAAACGACAAGGUCGAACACUUUACGGCUUUGGAGCUUAA